CGAUGAUGAUUCGUGUUUGCCUUUAUUUGGUUAUGCUGUAGACAGGGAGACUUCCGUUUCAUGAGGAAAGUCAAGGGAUUUUAUUGCCCCAUGGCGGCCAAGGGUCUUUCACAUUUCUUCCAAAAGGACAAGGUAAAGAACAGUCAAUUAUUUAUUAUAUAUUCGCGUCAAACAACUUCGGAAUUCGCAUUCGUUUCCGAGUAUGUGUGUAGGCCUUGAACCGUUGUAUUUUGAGUGACUCACUGUUUCUUGAAAUGUGUGAGAAAUAUUAUUAAAGCAGUCAUGUUUUUGUUUUCUGUUCUAGACGUUCCGCCCGAAGAGGAAACUGGAGACCGGGACUAUGCGUUAUGAACUUCACAAACAAUCAAAGGUUUACUUCGUUCUGAAAAACGCAAGCAGCCUUGAGUUGUUGUUUAUUUUAACAUUCGCGCGAUUCGAACAGCCAGAAGUCCAAUAUUAGAGCCAAUGUUAUUUAAGCUCAUUCAUACUUUUUCUUUCCGUUUAGGCCUCACUUCAUUCCGGCAUCAAUUUAAAGGAAUGUGUAAAAUUACCAGCCGAUGAAGACCUUAAUGACUGGGUGGCUGUACACAGUAAGUUAAUAAUUACUAAGUGUCUAUCAAACAAUCCAACACCUUGUGCAAACAAUCUUUAUUCUGUAAAUUGUACAACAGAAGAGGUUCUUACACUGGUUAUAUUGCUUCAAGCAUUUUUUGUAUUACUCUAUGUUACCAUCGAUCGUAGGCUUUGGUUUGAGUGCUGGACAAUGGUUUCUAAACUACAAACGAUGUUAUGUGAUAAAUUCAACACAAUGCAACUUAUUGAGGUUAAUUCGGCGUUGAUUGAACAGCGUACAGUGUUAUUGUCCUUCAAUGUUCUGUGGCUGAAACCACUUAAAAUAAUAAUCAACUAUUUCAGACCGCCAAAAAUCAAGACAUAUAUAACUUAUUAUUAUUCAUUCAAAAUAUUUCCCCGAUUCUGAUUGACUAAAAGCACACGUUUAAUUCACCAUAACCAGUUACUGAUGACCAAAUUUGGAACAAUUUUGACUUUAACGAGGAAAUGACGUCAAAAAUGCAGCGUUUUCGCAGGUUAAGGCACUGUUAACCGAGAAGACCUGAGGACGAGGGUGAGUUGUUUUGGUUGUGAACUUGAAAAAAUGGCGGACAUUUCACUCGUUUCAAGAGUAAGAACUAGGCGAAAAAAUAGCUAAAAACAUGGCAAGAACAGCAAGAAGACAACUCCAAGGGCGACAUCUGCUAUUUGGAGAAUAUUUGCGGAGCUGGACAAACCUAAACGUGCACUAUCGAAGAUGAACUGAACAUCGAUGGAUCGAUGGAGGUAAGCAUGUUUUAGCUAUGUUUUUAAACUAGGAAUUAUUUUGAAUGAAUGAUAAAAAAGUUAUUGACUUCGACUUUCGUAUCAUAUGAAGAAUUAUGGAGAUCUUUGAGGGUGUUAUCUGUCGAGGCCUUAUAACACCCUCCUCAAUCUCCAUAAUUCUUCAUAAGAUACUCAGCCUCAUUCAGUAACUGUUAAUUAUCCAAAAAUAAUAAGUUCCAUGGGAAAGUGUUACAUGGAUCAAAUGGUGAAUCUGAAGAAUUUAUCCACUGGAAUUUUAAUAUUCCCAGACUCAAAAGUCAAAAGUUACAACUUCCAACCACUCUGGAGCAAAAGGUCUACUGUUUAGUAUCCAGAAACAGUAUUUCAUUGUCCAGGAAGGAGGGACUAAAGAAUUUUUUGAAAUACAACCGCUGCCAUUUAACCUGUGUGCUAAAUAUUGUCACAUUACUCCUUUAUUAUGAGAUUUACAUUGGCUCUGCUUGUAAAGUUCAGAAUUGAAUUUCAAAUCCUGUUGAUUGUUUUUAAGAUUUUUAAGGACUUACCACCUUCGUACUUACGUUUUUUAAUUACUCCUAAGCCUGUAUCUAAAUAUAACUUAAGAAGUUCUAGCAAUAGUACCCUACUUAGUUAUCCAAAUGUUAAGCCCAAGGCAACUCUCGGUGAACGGGCCUUUCUGUUUGCUGGGUAUUGUUUGUCACACCUAAGUUAUUGACACUUUUAAGAGAAAGUUGAAGACUCACCUUUUUUGAAAGAGCAUUUUGUACCACUUAGAUUAUAAGAUUGUAUUUUUAGCUUAGACUAUGAAUUAUUUGUAGCUUAUAAUAUUAUUUUUAAGAUUAUGCUAACAGAUUUUAUCAUUUUAACUUUUAGCCAUUAGUUUACUGUUUUUUCUAUUCUUUAUACAUGUAUAUAUAUUAUCAUCUUAUUUUAAAAUUUUUAUGAUCAUAAUUAUUCAUUAUUAUUAUUAUUACUAUUAUUAGUAUGAUUGUGUUUUUUUUCUCUAUGGUGCAUUUGAAUUAUUUUUGAUAGAUAUUUGCACCUAUCAAGUUUUGAAAUUAUUAAACUAUUAUUAUUAACUGUCCACCCCCUGGGGGGGGGGGGUGUACUCUGGAGUAAAAGCAACAGGGAUUAUUGGAGGAUUUUUCAGGUUUGAAACUUUCCAUUCCAGGAUUAUUUGGGGUACGCAUCACCUUCAUUUAAGUGGGGAUUUGUUUGGGUGUUCAAAACAAAUUAUAUGAAGACUGGUGUAGUGCCUUGCUCUUUUUUUUGUCAGCUGUUUUGUGGUUGUUUUAAUAUUAAUUAACACAUUCUUCCUGUAGAGUAGCACAGUAAACUAGUCCACGAAGUGUCCUGAGGAGCAAUCAAAACUGGAAGUCCCUCAUGCCUAUGAGUAUUUUUGGGUUUCGACUUUUGCACCCUUUCAACACUGUAACUCCUGAGUACCCCCCUGGAAUUCAAUCAAACAAUCCAGAGAAAAAGGAUAAGAGGCAAUAAAUUUUAAGUUUAUCUAAGAAAUCCUACUAUCCUAAAGUUUUUGAAAUAAAGUUUGGUAUAUGUCCAGCAGAAAAAAAAAAAAGAAAAAGAGCAGGGAUGGAAAAAGUGAAUGGUAUCAAGCAUCUGCAGUUUGAACAGAAGUGAGGAUAGUGCAUAACAUAUAAUUAUACAGUGUUCUGGGCAGUUUUGGCUUUGUUUGGCCAGAUAGUGACUAGAUGGUGAUCAGAAAAUGGCCUUGACUAGCUUUGAACGGCAUUUUUCAGCAAAAUUUUGAAGAGUAAAUGGUUAUUAUCCAGUCUUGCUUUUCAACUUCCUUUUAUUGUUUACCACUGUUUCAUAAAAUUAAUAGUGCUAUCUAUUCCAGUUGUGGAUUUCUUCAAUCGCAUAAACUUGAUCUAUGGCGCAAUUUCUGAAGUUUGCACUGAUGAAAGUUGCCCUACAAUGUCAGGCGGAAAAAGGUUUGUAACUUCUGUACAUGUUUUAAAGGUGACCUCCUUGGAUUUACUAAUGGCAUCUCCAUAUAGUUACCGCUAAGUUUAACUGCUAUAAGUGUGUUAUAUAUUAAUGAUUGUUGCUAGUGUGGUAUUUGCUGCUUGGCUUUGAGCACCCAUUCUUGAUCACAGUCAACUAUGUGACCAGGUAACGUUACCAUUGUAAAAAUAAAGGUAAACUCAUGGUACGUGCUCAAAUACUCCCUGGUGAAUUUGUGGAGUUGCAGAAAAAUUCUGUGCUCCCCCAUGGAAGGGACUAGACAUUCCUAGGGGAGGAGGCGAUCUCAAAGACCAAACAGUAAAACAAGUAAAUCUUAAUGAAGCUUAAUUUGGGUCAGGAAAAUAAUGCAUUUUCAUUGAGAUAUUAUCUGAUAUUGAUUUGGUCUGUAGGUAUGAAUACCACUGGUGUGAUGGAGAUAAAUAUAAGAAGCCAACAUCUGUUCCAGCCCAAGAGGUUUGUCCAAGUUCGAGCAGAUAAAAUUGGAAAAUGAUUUGCACAUAAAGUCAUAGAACAAAGGGCCUUGUUGAACCCCUGUUCUCAAACCCAUCUAUAAUUCGUAAAGAAAAUACAAAGGAAAUUAAAGUCUAUAGCCUGCGUAGCAGGCGCUAGGAAAUAAAUGGGCAGUGUUUGAUAAUCAGAUGAAAAACUGCUCAUUUUUACAUUCUUAAUUUCUCUGUCUAAAAUCUUUUUGUUUGAGAAGUAAUAUCAAGCAUUUGACACAAUGUUUCAUCAGUAGAUGAAACAGUACCUCAAAGUUCAUCAAGAAUACUCCGCUGCACGUCGUACAUUUUCAACUCUCUUCUCAGUGUUUCAUCUAGUGAUGAAACACUGCAUCUCAUGCUUGAUAUGUUACUUCAAAAAUUUCAUUGUCCUGCAAAAGAGACGCUAUAAUGCAUGACAUGAAAGAGUUUAUUACUGGCGUAAAUUCAAAUGUAACACUAACUGACUAAUAGUAUAAAAAGUUACUAAUUAUAUGAAAGAAGAUCAUCACAGUUAUAGAUGCAACUUUGCAGUUGCAAAAAGAAAGCCUGAAAAAAAUUCAGGCUUGUGCGGGAUUCGAACCCUUGACCACUGCGGCCUUCUCCCAGUUGGCUUGUUAGCUCAAUUGAUAGAGCGCUGCACCGGUAUCACAGAGGUCAAGGGUUUGAAUCCUGUACAAGCCUGAAUUUUUUGCAUCUAUAACUGUGAUGAUCUAGACUGCGAGCAGUCUCUCUUUUGCUUGAAAAUCUGUAAGCAAGAGUAUUUGAGCAGCAAAGUCGUGCAAGUUUUGAGUGCGCAAAUAUAAGUGAAAAGAGAGACUGCAAUGGUUUCAUACGGUAUUUUGGAUGCCUGGUGACAUCUUGACAGCUCGUGUCAUAAAUGUCCAUUUUGUAAAAUUAUUCUCAAUGACGUCAGUGUCGAAUUUUUCACGGGAAGCGAUCAAAUAGCAGCUAUGUCAUGUAUGAGAUGAACGGUACUGGUAGCCUGUUUCCAAGAUUCCAACAAGGAUGGGAAAAAAUAUUCGGAUCAGCUGUCCAAUUUUCUCGUUUAUGGAAUGUUGUCUUUUAAAAGCACCCCAGGAUUUAUCAAGACAACGUGGUUUUUUCUCUCAUGAGCGGAAAGAAACCCUUUAAAAAAGCAAAUUUUUGCUGUUUCAAGUUGGUGUCAAAUAAAGAAACCUGAUUGGCUCUUUUGUCUUGGGUAUUGAAAAACCCCAUCUAUUUUAACCACGUUAAAUGUCAUGGGCAGUUCCUUUCUACUUUUUGAUGUAACUGUGAAUAUCUCCCAUGGUAAAUUCUUCUCGGGAAAAUCCAGUCACACGCGCCACGCCAAUUUCCUGUAGUAAAAGGGUCAUUUACGACUGACAGUAAAAGUGUCCCAUGUAACCGCACCUAAUAUGCCCUACCUUUAUAUUUUUAUUGAUUUUUUUUUUUUUGUGCUGAUUGUAGGGAAAAGUGUAUAUCAUUUUGCUAUUUUGUUUCCUUUUCUUUUUCAGUAUAUUUCUCUGCUGAUGGACUGGAUAGAGAGCCUUAUAAAUAAUGAGGACAUAUUUCCAAUUGACAAAGGUAAACAUAACAUACUACUUUAUAUAGUAUGCUAUCAUUAACAUUAAUAAAUGUGUAGUGUAGAUCAACCACUGGCCACUGAGCCCACUUUUAUAAUCAUCCAAAGACGAAACCUCCCUGGUACCUGUAAUUAGAGAAGCAAGCUCAUUAAAAGGGGCAUGCAAGGAUUAGCACAGUAAGUUCUGUGUGGCCAUCAUGUGCAGGAGAUUCCGAGUUUGAUUCCCAGGUGUGACCAGAAUCCCUUUUUCUACUUCUUUUCUUUUUGUGUAGCUUUAAGCAGCUUUAAAUAUCAAAAAUAGUAAAGCAGAGCACUGAUGGAGAGGUGUUUUUUUGGGGGGGUGGGGGGGGAUAAGUGCUCUGUCAGCCUGUGGUUUUGUCGAAGUACUCACUGUUACAGUCAAACAGGCAAAACCAUGAACAAUUGAAGUGUUUCAGGAAUGUUUAUUGUGUUCAGACCAAUCACAGCAAUGGCGAGGACAUAUAACAGCUAGCCACAAAACUACAAACUAAUUGAUGUUCUUGUUUGCAGUUAUUUUUCUCACGCUUUUUCUCGGCUUUUUCUUGCAACACAAUAAUACUUCAGAAAUAUUUCUGGUGUUCACAGUAUUGACUGUCAGAGUUACUGAUGUUUACCUUGGUAAGAGAUGUUUGAACAAGCAACUCCUUAAUUUCUUAGUCUGGUUACAAAAAGGGGUUUUUCAUCCUUUGUACACUUACUUGGGCAGUCAGAACAUGCAAAUUUUUAUGUGUUAACCUUGGGCCUUACAUGGCCAAAAUGAAAAAUGCCUAAUCCUGUUAUUACUGUUUUGAUACUUGACAGAUGUUCCAUUUCCUAAAAACUUUCUCCCUACUGCAAAGAAGAUCUUAACAAGAUUGUUUAGAGUGUUUGUUCAUGUUUACAUCCAUCACUUUGAUAAACUGCAGUCUUUAGGAGCAGUAAGUGUUGUGUUUAUUGUACAUUUGCAAAUUCUUUGACAGUAUUAUUAUUAUUAUGAUGUUCAUUCCUUGUAGACUCAGGCAGGAUGUUCAGCCUGGUUUAUAGUCCUUGGUAGUGGGUUACAACAAGUCACCACGGGUCCCAGGUCUCUCUUUUCCUUCUUUUUACAGGGACAGUACUUUCGUUGGUAUUUUUGCUGUCCCAACAAUGCUGUCUUGUGGAUAACUUCCAACCUCACGUUCACACCGAUUCACUUCACGUACUCCUUAAAGUUGACUGAUAUGGCUCCAAGGGCCCCAGUAACAAACACUACAAUGACUUUCCACGUGCACCAGACUUUUGCAAAUUCAUCUUUCAAUAGUUGGUAUUUCUCUAUCUUCUCAAGUUCCUUAUCUUUCACUCUUUCAUCACCUGGGAUGGCAACAUCGAUUAUGACAACCUCUCACUCCAUAUUAAAUUCUUAUCAAUAAAGACAAUUUCUGGUUUUCUGACUCUUAUUAUUAUUAUUAUUAUUAUUAUCAUCAUCAUCAUCAUCAUCGUCAUUAUUAUUAUUAUUACUAUUGAAGGUGUAUUUUUAAGUUUGCAUGGUUUUCUUCGUCUUCCAACUGGUUCACCCCGUCUGUCAAGUCCUGCUUUCUUUAGAUACAGAUGGAAUCUUUUUGCUGACUGUUCCAACAAAGGGUCACCAAUGAUGUUGGUUACAAGCACGACUUCUUUACGGUUCUACAGACACUUCACCUCUGUUUUCAAGUCUUGGUAUUUUUCAAUUUUUUCUUGUUCUUUGAGUCAUACUCAAUGGUCAAAUAGCCUUGGAGAUCUAUUAAUAUCUGUUACUGUGUAACUCUUUUCCUUCCUGUCUACAACUGCAAUGUCUUUCUUAUACUGUUGGUUCUCAAUGCCUGGUCCUGAGUAGUUGUUAGACAUGAGGCUUCUUGUUGUUGAUUGAUGAAGCUCGUUUUUAACAUUGUACUAUGUAUCUGUGUGUUUUAACAGGAAGCACAUGUAAACCAGUGCUACAAACAUUUUUAUUAUUUUGUCACUGAACUUAACCUUGUGGAGCGCAAAGAACUUGAGCCUUUGGUAAGUGUUGCUGUAGUGUUAUGU